AUGGCCGACGACGCAGUGGAGUCGGCAACGGCAGUGAACUACAUAGAUGUCAAGCUGCAUGGCGUGUACAACCUGCCCCCCAACUGGUGGGAGGAUGGGAAGCCGCCCGCCUACGCCGACCACCCGUUCCGCUAUGAGGUGAGCUUCAGCAUUGAUGGGGAGACGAAGUUCACCUUCACGCACGGCCGCCUGCUGCAGGUGCUUCCACAGUAUGCGUCGUACAUCGAGGGGGCCAUGCCGCCGCCGCUGCCGUCGUCGAUGAAUGCAAUGCUGCGCAACAUCCGCGAGGUCCCUGAGAAUCCGACGCUGGCGAGCGCCACGUCAUCCAAAGUGGGGACGUUGGCGAGCGAGAAGAAGACGACAGAAGACGCGCCGGCGAUAGAGGCGCGGAUAUUGUGGGUGGUGACGCCGGCGACGGACGUCCCACCCCCCAGUGCCGAAGAGCAGGGGUCGAAGCGGCGGAAGAAGUUGCUGCCCACGUCCGCCACAGAGGAGGUGCAGCCCCCUGCGUUACCCACUGAAGAGGAUACCCCGCCGUGUGUGAUUCGCGUCCCGCUCGAGGAGCAGCACGUUGCGGUAUUGGAAGCCAUGAUGAUAUCGGGCCGGCCGCUGGAGCUGCAGCUUGUGCGGGUGCUGAAGAGCGGCGCCCCGAGCGACUGGGAGGACACACAGGAGUGCUACUUCCGAGCCAGCAUCCCCGUCGACCUCUCUCCCUUCGCCGAGCCUGGUUCGCUCGACCUGACGGAAUCGGUGCCACUGCUUCCAGUGAAGGACGUCACCCACAUAGAGGAGAAGGGGCGCAAGAAGGCGGCGAAGCGCCCCAAGUCGGGCGCACCGGGGCUUCUACUGGAGGAAAUCGACACGGAGUCGCCGCACCCGUACGUGACGCACGGAACCGCGGCGACGGUCUCGCUGCACCUCGAGAAGACACUCACGCGGUUGGCAAGCGAUCGUGUGCGGCCCUUGUUGACACCAGGCAGCCUCAUCCCUACGCGAGCACCACCGAAGAGGGAGUACCAGGACAGCACACAGCAGUUCAAGGAUGCCGUGAAGAUGAUUGCAGCAAAAAUCAUGCGCGACUUUGCUGUGGCGGAGGAAAAGGGCGCUGGGAAGACGCAGGAGCAGCUAUUCGAGGCAUUCCAGACCACAGGGCAGCUUGCGGCAUACAAGGAGCAGCUGACGCCUCUGGUGGUGAAGGUGGUGCGGGAGAAGUUCCUUCGUGAGCCCGGCGCCUCACCAGAGCUCAUCAGUCAGCUCACAAAUGAGUUGUACGUCUACCUCCUCGACUGCGUGCAUGCCACGCUGCGCCGCAUGACGGAAGAUUUGGGAGCAGGCCACAGAAGCGAUGGGGGUGGGGCUUUUAUGCAGGUGGAAACUCAACAGGAGCAGCAGCUGGAGCAAGACGCAGGUGUCACAGGGCGCACAUGGUUAGAGCGUGCAGAGGAGGCGGAAACGUUGCGCGAGCACGGUCACGCAGCGCGGUGCCACCAGGCACGCAUUGCCAGCUGCAGUAACUCUGGUGAUUUCCCUGCUGUGUGGAACGAUGCGGCCGCCUUCUUUGUGCGUGUCGGGGAUGCGGCGAGGGCGGAGCAGUGCUACCGCGAAGCCAUUGCUCACAACCCCACGCACGUGCCCUCUCUUCUUGGUUACGGUGACCUCCUCCUCGCUUACAGUCGAUUUGACGAGGCUGCGGUCUUCUUGCAUGCUGCCGCGGAUGCGGAGCCGAGCGCGAUGACGUGGGGCCACAUUUCGCUGCUAUGCGACCUGCGCGUUCUGUCGCUGACGCAGGGGCCGCAGUAUGAGUCAAAGCGCGCCUACUGGGAGCGUGAAGGGGCGCUGGCUAUGAAGGAAGCGAUGAACGCCACAGAGGAGGUGGACUUCAACGAGGUGAAUCUCGCCGUCUCGGAGCACCUUCUAGAUCUGCGCCAUCCUGACUUGGCGAACGUGUGUCUCUCACGAUGCCGCGCAGGUGCGAAGACGGAGAUGUUGUACGCGCGGCUCUUCACGCUGUGUGAGCAGUACGAGAACGCACUCGCCUUGUUGAAGACUGCGGAAGGGAUUGAGGUGUACGCGGACGAGGUGGCCAUUAUGCGCGGGGACUGCAACGCUGCGCUCGGCCGCAGCGAGGAGGCAGUACGUGAGUACAAGCGUGUGCUCUGCCGCGACGGAGAGAGGCCACUGCGGCGCUUCGGCCCCAGCUACGUUCACCUCGGUAACCUUCUUAUCACGGCAGGUCGCUAUAGCGACGCGCUCGGCGUUUUCACCCUUGGCAUUCAGGCGUGGCCAUGCAGUCUGAUGUGGCUCGGUGCCGGCAUCACGUACUACCGCAUGCACAAGAUGGACGCUGCCGAAGAGUGCCUCAGCGAGUCCAACACGCUCAACAACACAAACCCGCGCACGUGGGCGUACCUCUCACUGGUGUGUCUGCAGAAGGGGCGUGUGGAGCUGGAGAUGGUGCUGCAGCAGGCCAUUGCACGGGGACUUGCCGAUGCCGCACUGCUCACGGAGCUUGGUCGCGACCUUGUGCGUGCUUCACGUCUCAAGUUAGGCGAGGUCUGUCUGCGAAAGGCGCUCGCUGUGGAGCGGGAGGCUGGACGUGCGACAUCAGCGACGAGCUGCACCUCCAUGUAUUAUUUGGCUGGUGCCAUCGAGAAGAGUCAGCAGCACGAGGCGAAGGAGAUGUACACGGAGGUGGUGCGGCUCACCAGGAAUGAGGUCUUGCGGGCGAAGGCGGAGGAGCAGCUGCAGCAACUCGUGAUGUGA